AUGGCCUUACAAGACGAGGAGUACAUCGCUGAGUCGAGAGAUCCAACACCGGAGCCUCAAGGGGAUCUACCCCCAGAGCAGGUUUCCCCGUCACAUCCUGUUCGUCACACUCCAUCCCAUUCCACUAAUGGUUUCCCCUCGUCAGAUCCACAAAAACACGAUCGAGUACCGGACAUGCAACUUGGAAGAGCAAAAUUCGUUCGACUACACGAUAAUGUGAACUAUGUGGCGGCGGCAUUGAUCCUACGGGGUGAAGGAGUCGACACGGAGAUCCUUCUCAUACAAGAAGCGAAGAAAAGUUGCUAUGAAAAAUGGUAUCUACCCGCAGGUCGAGUCGAAGCCGGCGAAACGCUCAUUGAAUCCGUGCACCGCGAAGUGAUGGAAGAGGCCGGGUACUCUGUUGAGGUCAACGAGUUGCUCUCACUACAGGUUCAAGGCAGCGGCUGGUAUCGAUUCUCUUACACAGCCACGGUGAUUGGUGGCACUCUAAAAACCCAUUCCGACAAGGAGUCGCUGCAAGCUCAAUGGUUUAAAGUCAGCGAUGUCACCUCAAAGAAGCCAUCGAUAAAGUUGAGAGGCCGGGAUUUCCUGAAACUCGUCGACGAGGCGAUGGUGUAUCGAACGGCAAAACGUUUCGUGAAUGUGCCGCCCGUUUUGCCAAUCAAUGAACCCCAUGCCGGCCUUUUUAUCGAGUUCAUGAUCUGCAAGUACAGUAUGGACAAUAGUCGAGUGGAUGUGCUGGUGCACAAAUCGAUUGGCAGCGAGCAAGAGAUGGUUGCUCACGAUCAACCGUUUCCCACAUGUGAAUUCGGAUUUGAGUACUUUUUCGCGAUGGUUAUCUCAAAAUGUUAUCGACACCUGCUUGACGAGGGUCCGAAUGUUCUUUUCAUUCCAUCGCACGUCGUGCGGAUACGCUGCGCUCCAACGCCCAUGGAAAGCAUUGCCCAUGGAUUGAAGGUACGACUCUUCUGUGAGCACAAGAAAUCAGCGGGAAAAGCGCCAAUCCGGAGUCCAAGCAGAUAUCACUGGUUAUCCAUUUACGAUCCCGAGAUUCGACGAGCUUUUCAUAUGGAAAAGGACCAAUAUAAGCCAUCUUUGUACCUGUUA